GUGCUCCCCAAGCGCAUGGAACUGAGGGUAUAAAACAGAACACAGUAGCCACAUGAUGCUUGGCCUUUCUCCUUCACCCACCUACGCUGCGAGCAACCAGGACACUGAGAAGACUGAAAAUUCCAACGGAGGGGACUGGCCCAGAUUUCAAGGGUGAAAUCUGUGUACUAUGGACUGCAAUAUCCAGUGGGGCUGCAGAAUAACAACCCCAUUUUGCUCCAGAUCAUCCCAUCUUCCUAGGGGCCAGGGAAGGGAAAUGGCUGUGGUGGAUCCAGCUCAGAUGCCAGUGACCUUCGAGGAGGUGGCUGUGUACUUCACGGAGGGGCAGGGGGCUCUGCUGGGCCCCAGUCAGAGAGCCCUCUACAGGGACGUCAUGCAGGAGAAUUAUGAGAAUGUGAUCUCACUGGGACUCCCCAUUCCCAAACCUGACCUGAUCACCCAGCUGGAAGCAGGGGAAGAGCCAUGGGUCCCGGAUCUCCAAGCUUCUGAGGAAAGGAAGAUCCCAAGAGACACCCACACAGCAGUGACAAGACAGUGAGUGAGAAGGAGGGGGGAAUCCACAGCGGGAAAGGUCCUGAGCAAGUGGAAAUGCAGUGGACCAUUUUGAGAUCUGACGGUAAUUUUUCCCAGUGCUUGGAACAGAGAAAAGCCUGGAGUAAUUGGCACAGGUCAGAGAGAAAGCUGGGAAACAGCCCAAGGAAGAAAGUGGAUGAAUCCAUUGAAUGUGGGAGAGGAGGCAAUGGUCCCAAGGAAACCACAGCCCUGCAGACAAAUCACAAAAAAAAGAGAUCCUAUAAAUGCUUGGACUGUGGGAAAAGCUUCAGUCGGCUGUCUGGCUUUAUAAAGCAUGGGAGAAUCCAACACAGGAGAGAGACCCUAUGAAUGCUUGAAGUGUAGGAAAACUUUUAGUCAGCACUCAGGCCUUGUUAGCCACGGGAGAAUCCACACAGGAGAGCGACCCUAUAAAUGCCUUGAGUGUGGGAAAAGCUUCAGUCAGCUCUCAGGCCUGAUUUGCCACAGGAGAAUCCACACGGGAGAGAGGCCAUAUAAAUGCUUUGAUUGUGGGAAAAGCUUCAGUGCACCAUCAGCCCUUAUUGUACAUCAGAGAAUCCACACUGGAGAGAAACCUUAUAAAUGCUUGGACUGUGGGAAAAGUUUCAGUCAGAGCUCUGGUCUUACUAGCCAUGGGAAAAUCCACACAGGAGAGCAGCCAUAUAAAUGCCUUGAGUGUGGGAAAAGUUUCAGUGCACCAUCAGCCCUUAUUAUACAUCAGAAAACACACAUGGGAGAGGAAUCUUUAAAAUGCUUGGACUGUGGGAAAAGUUUCAGUCAGCGCUCAAGCCUUAUUAAACAUGGGAGAAUCCAUAAGGGAGAGAAACCCUUUAAAUGUUUGGACUGUGGGAAAAGUUUCAGUGAGAGCUCAAGCCUUAUCAAGCAUGGGAGAAUCCACACGGGAGAGAAACCUUAUAAAUGCUUGGACUGUGGGAAAAGUUUCAGUCAGAGCUCUGGCCUUAUUAGCCAUAGGAAAAUCCACUCAGGAGAGGGACCAUAUAAAUGCCUUGAGUGUGGAAAAGUUCAGUGCACCAUCAGCCCUUAUUAUACAUCAGAGAACCCACACGGGGGAGAAACCUUAUAAAUGCUUGGACUGUGGGAAAAGUUUUAGUCGGACCUCAGGCCUUAUUAGCCAUGAAAGAAUCCACACGGGAGAGAAACCCUUUAAAUGCUUGGACUGUGGGAACAGUUUCAGUCAGCACUCAAGCCUUAUUAAGCAUGGAGAAUCCACACGGGAGAGAAACCCUUUAAAUGCUUGACUGUGGGAACAGUUUCAGUCAGCGUUCAAGCCUUAUUAAGCAUGGGAGAAUCCACACCGGAGAGAAACCCUUUAAAUGCUUGGACUGUGGGAAAGUUUCAGUCAGCGCUCAAGCCUUAUUAAGCAUGGGAGAAUCCACACAAGAGAGAAACCCCAUAAAUGCUUGGAUGAAGGGAAAAGCUUCAGUCCCAGCUCAUAAUUUCAUAAACAUCUGAGAAUCCACAUGGGCCAGAAUCUAUAAAUGCUUUAACUGUGGAAAAAGUUUCAAUUGAAGAUCAAACCUUGCUUGACAUCAGACAGUCCACACAAGAGAGAGAACCC